AUGUUAUUCAACUUGACGAAUGGUAUCGAAAAGAUCUUAUGUGUAUGCUUUAUUUUUGUUUCAUCGACUUUAGCAGCCACUCAAGUGUCAUGGAAAAAUUGUAAUAACGAUGGAGAUUCUAUUAAAUUACUCAAUCUUACAGUGACUCCAUAUCCCAUCAUAAUACCUGGUUCCAUAUCUAUAGAAGCUACUGUUCAUACCGAUCAGGAUGUCACGGGUCCAAUCAAACUGGAUUUGACAUUGCAUAAGAAAAUACUAUUCAGUUAUGUGUCUGUUCCUUGUGUGAGUGGUAUUGGUUCUUGUUCAUAUGAUGAUCUUUGUACUCUGUGUCCACAAUGUGGUUGUCCACUGAAAGCAGGAGAUCAUGCCGUCACUUUAAAUCUCAAUAUCUAUGCAAGUUCAUGGGCACUUGUUGGAUAUUAUCAAGGAAAAAUUGAUGUAAAAACCAGUUCGGGACAAAAAGCUUGUGCUAAAGUUGAUAAUGUACAUAUUCAAUCAAGUAGAUAA